GAGUGGUCACAUUUCCGACUGCCCCUGAAGACAGCAUACCUCCAUCAGGACCCUGUUGCCACUUCAACUGGAUGUUUUUUUCCCACCCGGAGGUUGGAUCCUCAGCUCCUCACUAACAAAGACAAAGUUGGACGCCACAAUUGAAACACUUUUAAAAACCUAAAAGAAACGGCCAUGAAGUUGUCUAUAAUUCGGAGUGCUUGUGGCAGCCUUCGGAUGCAUCCAGCCCGCCCGGGGAGCAGGGUCAGCGGCUUUACUCGGAGAUGGCAACCGGUGGGUCCUGUCAGCGGCCGCUUGGUUAUCCGCGCAGCAAGCGCUGCUAGCAGCGGCGGCACCAACCCCAAAGUAUCCGUCAACUUCGGGAAACGGUCCCGGAAGGAUGAUGGGUUUGAAUGCGACAGUUCAUUGAGCGAGGUGGUUCAGAGCACCAAGGAAGCGAUGCUGGCUCUGCAGAGAAGACAUUCUACAGUCCAACCUUUGUUAGCCAUUGUACAGGCAGGUGAAGAUGACAGCUUGUUGGAGAUCAGUAAGAAAAUUUCAGGAAGGAUUGGCCUAAACAUCACCCAGAUUUGUUUGACAAAGGAAUGCAGUGAAGAUGAAAUCGUAGAAGAGGUGUUGAAGCUGAAUGAAGACCCACGGGUGCACGGAGUCCACCUCCGCCUCCCGCCUGCUUCCCUCACCAGUCGAGUGUUAAACGCACUCAAACCUGAGAAGGAUGUAGAUGGGAUAUCCGAUUUGAAUAUGGGCCGACUGGUGCGUGGAGACCUCAGUAAAGGCUUUGUGCCCCCCCGAGCCAGCGCUGUCCUGGAUCUACUGGAGAAACUCGAUGCUCCUUUGGAAGGGAAAACGGUGUUGCUGGUCGGAGGAGAGGGACCCUUUGUGGUGGCCCUGCAGUGCCUGAUAGAAAGAAGUGGACUGGUAGCUCUCAAGAGUCAUUGGAGCUCCAAGAGCCUACAGAGUCAGGUGAUGCAGGCUGAUGCUGUGGUCCUAUUAGGAGCUGAGAAUAUGGAUGUUCUACCCACCUGGGUUCGACCAGGGGCUGCUGUCAUCCGCUGUGAGCCCACCCUGGAGACAGAUGACCACACCAUUGAGAUGUCCUCAAAGUCUGGGUUAGAAUACCUCACAGCUGCUUACAGAACACGGAACGUAGUGCGCAGUUGCAGUCGGUGGCUCCAGGCGCAGCAGUACCAACCCUGGCAUUUGCACUGCCUCAAACUGCAGCCCCUGACCCCUGUACCAAGUGACAUAGAGAUUUCCAGAGCUCAGACGCCCAAGCCAGUGAACCAGCUGGCUGAGGAGAUUGGUUUGCUGCCAGAAGAGCUUGAAGCCUAUGGCAGGAGCAAAGCCAAGGUCCGACUCUCCCUGUUAGACCGCCUCCACAAACAGCCCAAUGGGAAAUAUGUACUAGUAGCUGGUAUAACUCCCACUCCUCUGGGCGAAGGUAAAAGCACGGUGACCAUUGGCCUCGUCCAGGCGCUCUCUGCUCACCUUAAGCUCAACUCCUUUGCCUGUCUCCGACAGCCUUCACAGGGACCCACUUUUGGGGUUAAAGGUGGAGCUGCAGGAGGGGGAUAUGCCCAGGUCAUCCCUAUGGAGGAGUUUAACCUCCAUCUGACUGGUGACAUUCAUGCCAUCACAGCAGCCAACAACCUGGUGGCAGCAGCCAUCGAUGCCAGGAUGCUUCACGAGGCGACGCAGUCGGACAAGGCCCUGUUCAAUAGACUGGUUCCUUCAGUGAAUGGAGUCAGAAGAUUUUCACCCAUCCAAAUCUCCAGGCUCCAUCGUCUAGGGAUCAAUAAAAUAGAUCCUGCGUCUCUCACGCCCCAGGAAGUCAGCACCUUUGUUCGGCUUGACCUUGACCCCUCGAAGAUCACCUGGCAGAGAGUUGUUGACACAAAUGACCGUUUCUUGAGGAAGAUCACAGUCGGACAAGCGAGCACUGAAAAAGGACAGAUAAGAGAGACUGGGUUCGACAUAGCAGUGGCCAGCGAGAUCAUGGCCAUCCUGGCUCUGGCAGACAGUCUGGAGGACAUGAAAACCAGACUGGCGCGCAUGGUGGUGGGCACCAGCCGCUCUGGACAGCCCGUCAGCACAGAGGACCUGGGAGUGAGUGGAGCACUGGUGGUGUUAAUGAAAGAUGCCAUCAAGCCCACGUUGAUGCAGACCCUUGAGGGUACGCCAGUGUUUGUCCAUGCUGGGCCCUUUGCCAACAUCGCCCAUGGCAACUCCUCUGUGCUGGCAGACAAGCUGGCUUUGAAGUUGGUUGGACGGGACGGCUUUGUCGUGACGGAAGCUGGAUUUGGAGCGGAUAUUGGGAUGGAGAAGUUCUUCAACAUCAAAUGUCGGACUUCAGGGCUCAGGCCAGACGUGGUGGUGCUGGUUGCAACUGUCCGAGCGCUGAAGAUGCACGGGGGUGGACCAAAUGUGUCGGCUGGGGCACCACUUUCCAGAGAGUACAUUGAUGAGAACCUGAGUCUCGUUGCAGGCGGUUGUCGAAGUAAUCUCAGGAAGCAGAUCCAAAUUACACACCUGUUUGGGGUCCCAGUCGUGGUGGCCCUCAAUGUCUUCAAGACAGAUACCCAGGCAGAGAUUGAGCUUGUGUGUCAGAUGGCAAAAGAGUGCGGCGCCUCUGAUGCCGUGCCGUGUCACCACUGGGCGCAGGGCGGCCGAGGGUCCUUAGAUUUGGCCCACGCUGUGAACCAGGCCGCCAGCAGACCCAACAACUUCCAGUUCCUGUACAACAUCGAGAUGCCGAUAGUUGAGAAGAUCAGAACAAUCGCAAAAAAAGUGUAUGGCGCUGAUGACAUUGAGCUGUCUCCAGAGGCCGUGGCCCAGAUAGAUUACUACACUCAACAGGGCUAUGGCUCAUUGCCCAUCUGCAUGGCAAAGACUCACCUGUCCCUGUCCCACAUGCCUGACAAGAAGGGCGUACCCACUGGAUUUGUUUUGCCGAUUCGAGAUGUUCGCGCUAGCAUCGGAGCCGGUUUCAUCUACCCACUUGUGGGAACGAUGAGCACCAUGCCCGGCCUGCCAACCCGACCCUGUUUCUACGACAUUGACCUUGACCCUGUCACGGAGGAGAUCACUGGGCUCUUCUGAGCAUCAAUUGAAGAACGCAUCAUCCACAUAAAAUAUUCCAUCAAAUCUAUCAAUCCAGCCAUCUGAAAGAGCAUCCAUUGAGUCAUUAUAAAUAUUUUACAAGCAGCCAUUGUCUCUGUAACUAGACUGUAUUUCCUCCCUGGAGUUUUAACUUUACAACCUUAUUCACUUAGUGCCAAGGCUGUAAUCUGUGAGGAGUCAAUCCACUACGCCUGACAGGAAAUGCUUUCAUACUUCCCAGUAGGCCAAUUUCUCUCUAAAUCAUACAUAUGUGUAAUAUGUCUAAGAUGACCUUCAACCAAAUCCUGUACAUCACAUUUACUGUGUUUAUGCUUUUGACCUCCAGUGUUUUUUCCCUUAUUCAUGAAAGGGUCAGUUUAAGUCUUAAAACUGUCUUAAAGAGUACUUUAAUAUUAUGGUUUCAUCAACUUAUUUCCUUUUUAUUUUGGAAAAUAACCCACUGUCUGUUUUUGGUGCUGCUUUUGCUGUACAUGUCAUAAGUUUUUCAAUUGAUACAUUUGCUUUUGAGCGCACAAAAAGCCGUUAUUACCUAUUCUCCAAUAUGUUGAAUGUCCAAGAUUCAUCAGUUCAGAGAUAUUUUGUGAAAGCAAAAGUGAUGUGUCCUUUAUUGUCCAAAUUUACAAAUGAGUUGAUCAAAUAAAGCUCUUUAUUUACUCAAA